UUCGUUGUAAUGGAGUCGAAAUACACCCUACCAAGCAAAUCGCCCUUGAAGACAAUUGGUUCUAAUAUUAGAAAUGGAAUAAUACCACUGAAAAGAAAACUACAAAGUCCCGGAGGGGAAAACGGCAAUGGCAAGAUUUUUAAAUCAAAUGGCGUGGUGGGACCUGCAGUGGCCAAUAACAAAACAAAUGGCCAACAACAGAAUGCAGCGACGUCAUCAAAACCAUCUAAAAUGCAAUUGGAACAGCAACGCCAGGCGUUGCCUGUUACGGGCUGUAGGAAACGGUUAAUAGAGGAAAUUCACAAAUCGGACACACUGCUGAUAAUGGGUGAAACUGGUUCAGGCAAAACUACACAAAUUCCACAGUUUUUACUUGGAGCGGGAUUCGGUAAAAAGGGUGUCAUAGCAGUGACCCAACCACGUCGGGUAGCUGCUAUUACCGUUGCAAAACGUGUUGCUCAAGAACAACACUGCCAGCUGGGCGAACUUGUGGGGUACACAGUGCGUUUUGAGGAUUGCACGUCACCAAAGACCCGUAUCCGAUUCAUGACCGAUGGCUUUUUACUGCGUGAAGCCCUAGCCGAUAGUUUGCUGCGCAACUACAGCGUUAUUAUGCUUGACGAAGCACACGAACGGACAGUGAGUACAGAUGUACUCUUCGGUGUUGUGAAAGAGGCGCAGCGCAAACGUCGAGUAUGGAAUUUAGUUCCGCUUAAGGUAAUUGUUACUUCUGCAACAAUGGAUAUCGACCAUUUUGGUCGUUAUUUUGGUGUGAAGGGGAUGUAUUUGGAAGGUCGAACUCACCCGGUCCGAGUAAUGCAUGCCAAGGAAAGUCAAUCUGAUUAUUUACAUGCCACGUUGGUUACUUUAUUUGAAAUCCAUCGUAAUACGCCUGCGAAUCAUGAUGUCCUGAUCUUCUUGACUGGCCAGGAAGAAAUAGAAGCAAUGGCCCAGCAGAUAAGACAAAUCGCCAAGACAAAUCUCAGCACAAUUGCAGGUGUGCGUGUAUUUCCACUUUAUGCUCAACUCCCGCAAAAUAAGCAGUUGGAAUGUUUUUUGCCUGCACCAGCUAAUGCGCGAAAAAUUGUUUUAGCUACAAACAUCGCUGAAACAUCUGUCACUAUACCAGGUAUCCGGUGUGUAAUAGAUGCUGGCUUUGUGAAACGUCGCAUUUAUAGUCCAAGCACGGGAUUGGAUGUGCUCAGAGUAGUCAGAAUUUCUCAGGCCCAAGCUUGGCAACGAUGUGGUCGUGCUGGGCGUGAUGCGCCGGGCACAUGCUAUCGUACCUAUACCCAACAAGAGAUGAAAAGUUUUGAAAAGAUGCCAACACCCGAAAUUUUACGCAGCAAUAUAUGUUCCACCGUAUUACAAUUGCUGGCAUUGGGCAUCGAUUGUAAACGUUUUGAUUUCCUCGAUAAACCUCCAGCAGAGGCCUUGGAAGCUGCUUAUAAAAAACUUGAGUCCUUAGGAGCAGUGCAAAAUGUAUCUACAAAACCAGAAUUAACACCACUGGGAAGGCAGAUGUCCAAAUUCCCUCUUGAUCCUCAAUAUAGUAAGUUGUUGUUGGCAGCACCUCAGUUCGGGUGCAUGGAAGAAAUGCUUAGCUUAGUAUCGGUUCUCUCAAGUGAGAAUAUAUUUGUCUCGAGUGUUGAGAAACGUGAACAAGCCGCACUGGCUCAUGCGAAAUUUCACUCAAAACACGGCGAUCAUUUAACACUACUAAAUGUGUUUAGUGCCUUCCAAAAGACUGAAAAGAUUAAGUUAUGGUGCCAUGACAACUUCCUGAACACACGUAAUCUAUCAUACGCCCGCGACGUACGUAAGCAACUACUGGAGAUUGUUGAACGUUUGGACUUACAAGUGAAUAGCUGCGGGAACAAUUUCGAUCAACUUCGAAAGUGUCUUUUAGUUGGUCUAUUCGACAAUAUAGCCGAGUUACAACGGGAUAACUUUUACUUGACCAUAACCGGUCGUCAACGUGCCAAAAUUCAUCCCUCAAGUGUUUUCCAUGGAAAGUAUAGACCAGAAUAUAUAAUAUUCUCCGAAAUUGUCUUAACAGAGAGAAACUUCCUACGACAAGUAACAGAAAUUUCGCCAGAAUGGGUAGCGGAAGUGGUUCCUAACUUUGCUCAUUUAAGUCGUAUUAAAGUUUCGACGUAAUCACCGUAUGAAU